AGUUUAUAUAAAAUAAAAUAUCAAAAGCGCUGUUCAACAGCACAGCAGCCAAACAACACCCAAUCCCAAGUCAUUCUUCUCCCUUCUUCGAUAAGGCUAAAACAGAGCAAAGUCUCCGAACCCUAGACGGUCAGAAACUGAAAAGCGUUUGGAUUUGGGAGUUCGUCUUCUUCUCCUUCUCGAAUAAGUAUUUUGAAACAUAGUCGAUGCUCGGAUUCGGAGAGGAAAUCGAAAGAGGAAGAGGAAGAAGAAGAGAGGGUCGGUUCAUUAAAUGCUCUCUCUCUUCUUCAAAUAUAAAACACUCUUUCUUCAGCUUUUCAUGUCUUCUUCAAUCAACACUCUUUCUUUCUCUUUUUUGCCUGCUGCAUCUGCUCCAGGGUGCUCUCAAACCCUAGCUCGAUUUGCUUCCCAUAAUUUUUCUAUACUUGCCGCGUUCUCGCUCUUUGAUCGUUGUCGUUUAAAGUCUCAGGUUUCUUGGGUUUACGUUGCAUUUAAAACAUGACUGAUUCUAAGCAGGUAAUAGUGUUUGGGUCAUUCACUGAAGAUGAAACAAGGUUAUGGCAGGUAAAACGAUCAUCUGCUAAAAAGCCUGUUUCGUCUGGGAGAGCUGAAAAGCCCAUGGAAGAAACAGCUUUGCCAUUCGGUUCUUUCAAUCUGACUGGAAGUUCUUCUGGCAGUUUGAAUGGUGAACCAAGUGGACAGUUAGGUAUUGCAAAUGGGCCAGUCGAUCUUCAGCCCUCAACUCCGGUUAGGAAGGAUGAUAAAGUGAAGAUUGCAACCGCACCAAAUUAUCAGUUUACAGGAGCCUUAGAAGGCAUGAUAGAAAAUGGAAAUAUUAAGAAUUCUACAAAUGGCACUGCUCUUAGUAAUGGUGUUAAAGAACUGAAAGCAGAUGGCAUUGAUUUAGACUCGUUAAGCCUAUCUCAGAGUGAAGGCAAUCAUUCGUAUUCACACCCUAGUUCAAAAUUUCAUGUCCUUGACUGUAUAAGUGUAAAGGAUGGGUAUCAGAAUGGGACUGCAUGUGGUUCAUCAAUAUCUGUGUCAAAAAAAGGGGUUUGGAAGACAACUAGUGAGCCUGUUAAAAGUGCUAGAGACUUACUGCCCCGAGGUUUGAGCAAUUUGGGAAAUCUAUGCUUUCUUAACGCAACUCUGCAGGCUCUGCUGUCCUGUUUCCCUUUUGUUCAGCUCAUGCUUGAACUUAAAACUCAUGACAUACCGAAGGUUGGAUAUCCCACGUUAACUGCAUUUUUUGAGUUUAUCUCUGAAUUCGACACACUCUCUAGUCCAAGGUUGAAGAAGAAAGACAUGGCUUAUGUUGAAACUGGGAGGCCCUUUAGUCCUGUCAUGUUUGAAGCUGUUCUUAAAAGUUUUACUCCAGAUGUGUCGAGCAGCAUAUCCGGCAGACCAAGGCAGGAAGACGCACAGGAGUUUCUAAGUUUUAUAAUGGGUCAAAUGCAUGAUGAAUUACUUAAGCUUCAAGGACAGAGUGCUAGCACCAAUGGAGCCAAGUCAUCUCUUGUCUCUUCAUCUGAAGAUGAUGAAUGGGAGACUGUUGGCCCUAAGAACACAUCUGCUGUGACAAGAACACAAAGCUUUGUUCGAUCAGAGCUUAGUGAUAUUUUUGGAGGACAAUUGAAAAGUGUAGUGAAGGCAAAAGGAAAUAAAGCUUCUGCUACUGUUCAACCAUUUCUCUUGCUCCACCUUGAUAUUCAUCCUGAAGCUGUUUGUACAAUUGAGGAUGCACUUCGUUUAUUUUCAGCACCAGAAAAUCUUGAGGGAUAUCGAACUUCAGCAACUGGGAAGGCUGGAUUUGUGACUGCCAGAAAAUCUGUUAAGAUACAGACCCUCUCAAAGAUAAUGAUAUUGCACCUUAAGCGAUUUAGUUAUGGAAGCGAAGGGAGCACCAAGUUGCUUAAACCUGUGCAUUUUGCUCUCGAACUGGUCUUGGGUCGAGAACUGCUUGUUACUCCAUCUGCUGAGUUCCUUUCCCUUGUGCAUUCAAUUUACAGGGCCGAAAAUACGAACUUGUAGCCACCAUUACCCACCAUGGAAAAGAGCCUUCAAAAGGGCAUUACACUGCAGAUGCUCGGUAUUCUAAUGGACAAUGGCUACGAUUUGAUGAUGCCUCUGUGACUGCCAUUGGGACAGGCAAGUUAUUGCAUGACCAAGCAUAUGUCCUCUUCUACAAACAAAUAUAAAAGGUUGUGGAGGAAUUUUGUCAUCAUGGACGAGAAAAAGAAGUCUUUUCAUCAAAAUUGGUGUUUAUGUUAUGAAUACUUGUAGCAAUUCGCCAGUCACUGAUUUGCAGUUUUGUUUUGUAUGAAUGUAAAAUUUUAUUCAAGUUAUUGCCAUCUUAGUAUUAACUUCCGCCA